AUGAACCCGGAACUUUCCCAGCAGGAGCGGAAAGACACGAUGGGUCGCGUGAUUCGUAACCAGAGGAAGGGUGCCGGUGGCAUCUUCAAAGCCGUCACCCGCCUGAACAAGAACCCCGCCAAGUUCCGACAGCUCGACUAUGCCGAGCGUCACGGUUAUAUCCGCGGUAUUGUGAAGGAGAUCAUCCACGACCCGGGCCGUGGUGCUCCCCUCGCCCGUGUUGUCUUCCGUGACCCCUACAAGUUCAAGAAGCACACCGAGACCUUCAUCGCCAACGAGGGCAUGUACACCGGCCAGUUCGUCUACGCUGGCAAGAACGCCGCCCUGACCGUCGGCAACGUCCUCCCCCUUGCUUCGAUCCCCGAAGGUACCAUCAUCUCAAACGUCGAGGAGCAACCCGGUGACCGCGGUGCGCUCGGCCGCACAUCCGGCAACUACGUUACUGUUAUUGGCCACAACCCCGACGAGGGCAAGACCCGCAUCAAGCUUCCUUCCGGUGCCAAGAAGGUCGUCAGCAGCAAGGCCCGUGGCAUGAUCGGUCUGGUUGCCGGUGGUGGUCGUACUGACAAGCCUCUGUUGAAGGCUUCGCGCGCAAAGCACAAGUUCGCUGUCAAGCGCAACUCGUGGCCCAAGACUCGUGGUGUUGCCAUGAACCCUGUUGACCAUCCUCACGGUGGUGGUAACCACCAACAUAUCGGUAAGGCCUCGACCAUCUCAAGGUACGCUGCCCAGGGUCAAAAGGCGGGUCUUAUUGCCGCCAGGAGGACGGGUCUGUUGCGCGGUACCCAGAAGACAAAGGAGUAA